UACACUCGGUUAUUCUACUAUUAGCUCCCAGAGAGAGAGAGAGAGAUGGCUGAAGUCGCUCCCGCUCCCACCGUCGUGCCGGCUAAAGCGCCCAAGAAGAAGGCAGCUUCGAGGACCAAGAAAACAGGCCCUAGCGUCGGUGAGCUCAUCGUCAAAGCGGUUUCCUCGUCCAAAGAGAGGAGCGGCGUGUCUCUUCCCGCCCUGAAGAAAGCUUUGGCUGCCGGCGGAUACGACGUGGAGAAGAACAACUCUCGCGUCAAGCUCGCCGUCAAGGGCCUCGUUACUAAAGGCACCCUGGUGCAGACCAAAGGCACCGGCGCGUCUGGAUCUUUCAAGCUGAACAAGAAGCAGACCGAAGUUAAGAAGCCUGCAAAGAAAGCCGCGCCCAAAACGACAAAGGCGGCCGCCAAAAAACCCGCCGCGUCUAAGAAGCCCAAGAAAGUAGCGGCCAAGAAACUUGCAGCCAAGAAGUCUCCCAAGAAGACGAAGAAGCCCGUUGCUGCCGCCAAGAAAGCCACCAAAAGCCCCAAGAAGGCAGCCAAAAAGCCGGCGACCCCCAAGAAGGCAGCCAAGAGCCCCAAGAAGGCAGCCAAAAAGCCGGCGACCCCCAAAAAGGUAAAGGCUGUAAAGCCCAAGACUGCAAAGCCCAAAGCGGUGAAGGCCAAAAAGGCUCCCAAGAAGAAGUAAACGUGUUUGUUUUAUAUUCCUCAAACGGCUCUUUUAAGAGCCACCCAUAUUUUCCCUUAAAGAGCUGUUUACUAUUCUGAUAGACAUCAUAGUCAAAAUGAUGACUCCAUGGCAGUGGAUGACUCCAUUAGGCAGCUACAGAGUUGUACAUUCACCUUCACAUAAGCGUAUGGACAACUAGGGAGAAUUGGCCAGUUUACAUUUUAAAGCCAUAUGCAUGUCUUCACUCUCUUUUAUACUAAUAUAUGCUUUAUAGGUAUAAAAAUCAGUGAAUAAUCAGGCUACUGAUUAUAAAUCAGUU